UAAAUGGUUAAAAAAAAACAAAAAAAGUAUAUACCUACACUUAUGUUGUAAAGAAGAAUGAUUUAAGGGUGUGUUUGUUUUCAAAUAAAAACUCUCCGAAACUACAUACCUACUGCACCGACUUGAAAAAUUAUUUCCUCAGCAGAAAUCUACACGAGUGACAUCUAGGCUAAAUUAUAAUAUUUUGUUUUUUAUCCUAGGCGUAGCCGAAACGGUCGGCUAGAAUUUUCAUAUUAAUUUCUUUAUAUAAUCGUCAUAGAAAAUAUGUACUUAUCUAAAUGCUGAGGAUCGUCACAAUGUUAUCAAUAAUUGUUGUCGUUAAAAAACUACUUAAAUAGGAUUAGCAGAUAAAGUAUCGUAUAAACUUCUCGUAAUUUUUAGCCUUUAUAAUAUAAUAUUGAUUAAUAGUAAUUACAGUUUAACGAUAGUUACCGGACGCCUAAAAAUGAAUAUUUUGUCAAUUGUCUAUGCUUUAGGAUUCGUUUGUUCGGUUUAUGCGUUGCCUAACAAAGAACAAAAGAAAUACAGACGCGGACCCGAUGACUGUGAGCCAGUGGUCGUUGCUCAUCGUGGGGCAAGUGGAUAUGUGCCGGAACAUACUUUAGGGGCAUACGCCUUAUCAGUAACUAUGGGUGCAGAUUAUGUUGAACCUGAUCUAGUUAUGACCAAAGAUGGGCACCUUAUUGCUCGUCACGAAAACCAAUUGGAUGUUACCACCGAUGUCGCACAGCGUCCUGAAUUUGCGGACCGGUACCGAACAAUUUCAAUUCUUCAAAGAGAAAUAUCUGGAUGGUUUUCAGAAGACUUCACUCUCGCUGAAAUAAAAACUUUAAGAGCAAUUGAAAGUUUGCCACGUAUUCGACCAGGAAAUACACGUAUGGAUGGAGCUUUUGAAAUACCUACUUUCCAAGAAAUCAUUGAUUUGGUAAGGGGACUGGAAGUAAGUGAGAAUCGCACAAUUGGAAUAUAUCCAGAAAUUAAAUUAGGCAGUUAUUUCAAACUCAUAGGCUUACCAAUGGAACAAGCGGUCGUAGAUGCGUUUCACAAGAAUGGUUACAUGGGACCAAGUGCACCAGCCUAUAUACAAUCCUUUGAAAUAAAUAAUUUAAAAGAAUUAAAAGCAAUGACAGAACUUAGGUUAUUGCAAUUAAUUGGUCGCAGACAAAAUCAGCCGCUUGACCAGAUGAUAAUAGGAUCGAAUUUAACGUACGGCGAUAUGGUGACAGCAGAGGGGCUAAAAGAGAUAUCGAAAUAUGCACACGCCGUUGGUCCUGAUAAAAGUCAUAUUAUUCCUCGUGACUCUAGAAAUAGGCUUGGCAGACCAACAACAUUUGUAGCAGACGCCCAUGCGGUUGGGCUAAAAGUACAUCCGUAUACGUUUCGAGCAGAAAAUGCGUAUUUGCCAAUAGAAUUCAGGAGUGAAGAUCCUUCUGAUAGUGCGUUUGGUAAUUUCAAUGGAGAACUAAAAGCAUUCUUAGCAACAGGAAUCGACGGUUUAUUUAUAGACCAACCUGAUUUUCUGGUGCGCUUGAGAAACCCAUGUGUGUAAUUUGUAUUAAAUGUAAUGUUAACCAAUAUAGAAAUGC